AUGUCAGAAAUCAUUGAAACUAGUACCAAGAUUGUUGUCGAUCCAGAGACAUCCAUUUUUGUAGGAAAUCUUUCUCCUGAAACCAGCCCUGAAGACCUACAGAAAGUAUUUGGGGAGUCUGUGAAAGUAGAAAUUCCAACUUUGCAAUCGGAUAGAACAUAUCCAAGAAUCUUUGCUUUCGUUACCUUUGACGAUAAAGUUGAUGUUGAAGACUUACGGUCAAAAUUCGAUAAGACCGUCAUCAAGGAUAAGAGCAUUUAUGUUACUAAAGUGCUAACUCCAGAAGAGCAGCAGCUAAAAAAGCAAAAGAGAAGAGCCAAUCAACGUGGAAAAGCUGUCCCAGCGCCACCAAAGAAAAAUAAGGAAGCCCAAGUUCCUCUAGAGCAAAUGGAAAGAUCGAAGGAUACAUUGUAUGUUAACAAUAUCCCAUAUCAUACAACUAAAGCUGAAAUUGCCUCAUUUUUUGGAACCACCGAGGAAUCGGUCAUAUUGCCGAUGAGAAGAAUGAAAGAUACCACAACUAAGAGAGUGUUUUUCUCCAGGAAGUUCAACAGAGGCAUUGCCUUCGUAUCUUUCCCAGAGGGUACUGAUAUAGAAGCCAAAGCUGCUGAAUUCAACGGUAAGAACUUCGAGGACAGGGAGCUAACAGUUGAUGUGGCUGCCAACAAACCGGCUCACACCGAACCAGUCCAAACUGAAGCUGAACACGGUAAUUCCACUUCCGAAUAA